UUACAAUCCCAGCUUAUCAAAAUUAUGUCGGCUAUCAUGCCCGAUGAGAAGUUCCUUUGGAAUGUAUUUCAGAGUGUCGAUAAGGACAAAAGUGGUCACAUUUCUGCAGCUGAACUUCAAGAGGCACUCUCCAAUGGCACUUGGUCGGCAUUUAAUUCGGAAACAGUUCGUUUAAUAAUUGGCAUGUUUGAACGCGAAAAUCGAGGCACAGUUUCUUUUCAAGACUUUGGUGCAUUAUGGAAAUACGUCACGGAUUGGCAAAAUUGUUUCUAUGCAUUUGAUACAAAUAAUUCGGGCAAUAUUGAUAAGAAUGAGUUGAAAUCUGCACUAUCAACAUUUGGCUAUCGUUUGUCAGAUCAAAUGAUACAAAUUUUGCUGCAUAAAUUUGAUCGUUUUGGCCAGGGCAAUAUUCUAUUUGAUGAUUUCAUACAAUGUUGCAUUGUGCUGCAGACUUUAACAGAGGCCUUUAAGUAUCAUGAUACCGAUAGGAAAGGUGUCAUUACAAUAGACUAUGAACAGUUCUUAAGGAUGGUAUUUUCACUCAAGCUAUAGUAAUUAUUGGUGAAUUUAUAACAAUUCGUUCAUAAUAAAAAUAUUUGAUAUA